GGCCGUCCCGAAGACGGAAGUGUGUCCGCGGCCUAUUGCCUCCGCUGGAGUCUCGGCUGCAGCAAAGUAUUUGAAAAUCUGAAGACUGAAGUUUCAAAAUCAACGGAUAAAGGGCUUAUGCCCGCAACAUUGACUCUCCUGCUCCUCGGAUGCUGCCUGACCUGCUGUGCUUUUCCAGUGCCAAAUGUUUCGACUGACUGUCCAGCGUCAGCAGUCCUCACUUUGAUGUCAAUGUCUGACAGUCACUCAAUCCAUCGGGACAGCAGCUGUUUUUGACUGUGAUUUCUGUGAGAGGGAUCAACGCUUUUUGGUUCCUGUUUGAGGACAUUUUCAGCAUCAGUGGGACUGGACGAGAGACCCCACUGUUGGAGCGCACUGUGUGUGGAGCCUGAAACAGUUAUACGGCCUGGGAAGGGGAUUUCACGGCAGGGAGGGGUUCUACACGUGUUUGUGUGCAGCUGAAGCUGUGGCCAUGGAGAAAUCUGAGGAAUCCUGCCGCGUGAAGAAACCGUGGAAGUGUGGGGACUGUGGGAAAGGCUUCCGUUUCCUGUCUGCCCUGGAGAUUCAUCGGCGCAGUCACACCGGGGAGAGGCCAUUCCCCUGCACUGACUGCGGGGAGGCCUUCAGGUAUUCCUCCCACCUGCUGGCCCACCAGCGGGUCCACACGGGGGAGAGGCCCUUCAGCUGCCCAGAGUGCGGAAAGGCCUUUAACCAGGCCUCCAUCCUGCUGAGGCACCAGCUUGUCCACACGGGGGAAAGGCCCUUCAGCUGCCCUGAGUGUAGGAAGGCCUUCAGCGAGUCCACCACCCUGCGGAGUCACCGUCACGUCCACACCGGGGAGAGGCCGUUCACCUGCCCUCAGUGCGGGAAGGGCCUCACCUGCUCCUCCAACCUGCGGAGACACCAGCGGAUCCACACGGGGAGAGGCCGUUCACCUGCUCUCAGUGCGGGAAGGGCUUCAGGAUCUGAAGAUGGAAGUUUCAAAAUCAACAGAUGAAGGCCUAAUGCCCAAAACGUUGACUCUCCUGCUCCUCGGAUGCUGCCUGACCUGCUGUGCUUUUCCAGCACUGCACUAACUGACUCUCCAGCGUCUGCAGUCCUUACUUUGACGUCCAUGUCUGACAGUCAUUCAAUCCAUCGGGACCGCAACAGUUUUCUGAUUCUGUGAGAAGGAGCAAAGCUUUUUGGUUCCUGUUUGGGUACGUUUUCAGCAUCAGUGGGACUGGAUGAGAGACCCUACCGUUGCAGUGCACUGAGUGAGGAGCAUGUAACAGCUAUACGGUUUGGAAAGAGGAAUUCAUGGUGGAGAGAAGCUCCACAUGCGUUUGUGUGGGGCUGAAGCUUCGGCCAUGGAGAAACCUGAGUAAUCCCGCCCUGUGGAGAAACCAUGGAAGUGUGGCGACUGUGGGAAAGGCUUGUUUCCCGUCUGCCCUGGGGACCCAUUGGCGCAGUCACACUGGGGAGAGGCCGUUCCCCUGCCCUGACUGCGGGAAGGGCUUCAGCGAUUCCUCCAACCUCCAGACCCACCAGUGGAUCCACAUGGGGGAGAGGCCCUUAAGGCGGGAAGGCCUUUACCCAGGCCGCCUCCUUGCUGACCUCCCAGCGGGAUCACGUGGCAUUGCAGGGGGAUUGAAAGAAAGACAGCCGAGUGCCUUUACCAACUGGACUAUCAACCCAGUUCCAGUGGCUCCCGAGUUCGAUUCCCACCGCGACAGAUGGUGGAAUUGGAAUUUGGUCAGAAAUCUGGAGUUCAGAAUCUAACUGUGAAACCAUUUUCGGUGGGGUGGGGGUGGAAGAAAACCCCCAUCUGAUUCACUCAGUUCUUUUUUAGGGAAGACUUGAGCAGUUAUUAGAGCAGUCGUCCCAGCUGCAUCCUUUACCCGGUCUGGCCUACACGUGACUCCAGACCCACAAUCGUCUGGUUGACUCUACGCUGCUCAUCCAACUUACUUGGAUACAGUUUGAAAUUGCUGAGUCAGACAAUACUUCCUCCAGGUUAAGGCUAUACCAAGGAUCCAAUUACAAAGGGACAACUCAGUGGUGACCAAUAAUGGAGAAACCGAGGGGUUGCACUUUGACCUUGAGCUGUUUUUAAAACAUUGCUACUUUUUCUCUGCCUUUCUGCUGGGAGAUUCUGAAGCUGUAACAAAGUUGGGUCACAAUAAAGAUUACCUGAACUUCA